AUGGGGAAGGCUGUGUUUUUGGUGGCGUCUCUUACAAUUUUGGGAAAUAUUUUGUUUAGCCAUGCCACGUUCCCCCCUAGUAUCAUCGUCGAUAUGUCAAAAAUCGUCAUGGACAAUUACUGCUCUCCAGAGAAGCUGGCAGGGAUGAAGGAGGCAAUUGCAGCAGCUGGCAGCAACACAGAGGUUCUCAACAUCCCAGAUGGGGAAUCCUUGGCUGGUGUCCUCAGUGCUGGAUUUCAGCUCACAAUCAGUGACCCACGCUUGAUGGUCUCCUAUGAGCCAAACUAUGUCCCUGUAGUGCCCCCUCAGAUGCCUCCUCUGCCCCCAGAGCAGCUCAUCGCUGUCCUUCAGACUUCGAUCAAGCUCGACAUCCUGGAAGGGAAUAUCGGCUACCUAAGGAUCGAUAACAUCCUUGGCGAGGAGGUUGCUGAAAAGGUGGGCCCUUUGCUUGUUGAACUGGUAUGGAACAAAAUCUUGUCAACCUCAGCUCUCAUCUUUGACUUGCGCUACACUGGCAGUGGGGACAUCUCAGGAAUCCCCUACAUUGUGUCUUACUUCACCGAAGCUGAGCCUCAGAUUCAUAUUGAGAGUGUGUACGACCGUCCCUCAGACACCACCACCAAGCUGCUUUCUAUGACCACACUGCUAGGACAGAGAUAUGGCAUCACCAAGCCUCUCAUUAUUCUCACAAGCAAAAACACCAAGGGCACUGCAGAGAAUGUUGCCUACUGCCUCCAGAACCUAAAAAGGGCUACUAUCGUGGGUGAGAAGACUGCCGGGGGCUCUGUGAAAAUCGAUAAAUUCAAAGUGAGCGACACUGACUUUUAUGUAACCAUUCCAACUGCAAAGACCAUCAACCCCAUCACAGGCUCCUCCUGGGAGGUUACAGGUGUGACCCCUGAAGUGGAAGUGAACGCUGAAGACGCGCUUGCAACAGCCAUCAAAAUUGUCAACCUCCGUGCCAAAGUUCCGGCUAUCGUUGAGGGAUCGGCAGCCUUGAUUGCUGACAACUACGCCUUUGAAGAUGUUGGGGCUGAAGUGGCAGAAAAGUUGAAAGGGCUUCUGGCAAACGGCGAGUAUAGCAUGGUUGUCUCUAAGGCAGCUCUGGAGGCCAAGCUGUCUGCUGACCUGAAGACCCUGUCUGGGGACAAGUGUCUGAAGACAACUAGCAACACACCUGCCCUGCCCCCCAUGGAUUAUACUCCAGAGAUGUACAUUGAGCUAAUCAAAGUCUCCUUUCAAACUGAUGUGUUUGAAAACAACAUUGGAUACUUGCGUUUCGACAUGUUCGGAGACUUUGAGGAGGUCAAGGCCAUUGCCCAGAUUAUCGUUGAGCAUGUCUGGAACAAAGUCUUGAACACCGAUGCUAUGAUCAUUGACCUCAGGAACAAUGUUGGAGGCCCAACUACAGCCAUCUCAGGCUUCUGCUCUUACUUCUUUGAUGCUGACAAGCAGAUUGUUCUGGAUAAGCUGUACGACAGAUCAUCUGGCACCACAACAGAGCUCUUGAGUCUGCCUGAGCUCACUGGCGUAAGAUAUGGCUCAAAGAAAAGCCUGAUCCUCCUGACCAGCGGAGCGACUGCUGGUGCAGCUGAGGAGUUUGUUUACAUCAUGAAGAGGCUUGGCCGCGCUAUGAUCAUCGGAGAGACCACCGCCGGAGCCUCCCACCCACCCCAGACCUUUACUGUUGGCGAGACUGGUGUCUUCCUCAGCAUCCCCACUAUUCACUCUGAAACUUCCACUGGGCCAGCCUGGGAGGGCACUGGAAUCACACCUCACAUACCUGUGGCAGCUGAUGCCGCUCUCGGCACUGCCAAGGGCAUCUUUAAUAAGCACCUUGCAGGCCAGAAGUAAAACUACCUGAACACAGUCAGCGUGUUCUGAAACAGUCACUUUUGCUUUGGCAGCCAAAUAGUUACAGGAGUUAUAGUCUAGAAAUGUUUACGAAGAAAGGAAUGUAAGAUUAAGCACAAGGUACAAAGUUUAAUCUGUCAUUCAUCAUCUCCAACCCUAGGCCUUUUAAGACUGCUUAUAAUGUAGAGCAAAGGUUCAACAGAAGGAUUUACUGUUGAAUUUAACAUGAAUGUAUAAGGUUUUGAGAAUGAACAACACUGAGGGGCUUAUUAUUUAAGGAGGUUUGUUGCAAAGAUCAAGAGUUUUGAAAAGUCACAAAUUUAUCAUAUUUGAUAUUUUGAUCUGGACCUCUAUGAUGUAAUCCACUAGUUGGCACUUGUUGAAUUCAGAGGUGAGAGACAAUA